AUGGAGGACGUGUCAGAUGCGCGUGUGGACGAUGAUGAGCAGGUGCUACUGGAGUUAACCUACCCGGAGAUCACGGGGAUCGCCUGCGUCAAGCCGGAGCAGCAGGCCAACGGGAUCCGCACGCAGUCCAUCUUCUUCAAUCUGCAGACUAUCCGCGGCGAUUUCAGCUUCCGCUCCAGCAACGCCGAGGACAUUCAGGAGCUGAUCGCGUUCUUCCUGGACGGGCUGAAGCGGAAGAGUAAAUACUGUGUGGCCAUCCAGGAUUUUAAGGCUCCAACAGAGAACUCCUCCUUCCUCAGCUUCGAGAAGGGCGACCUGAUCAUCCUGGAGAACAACACCACCGGCGAGAGCUUGCUGAACGGCGGCUGGUGUUACGGGCGCUGCGAGCGCACCAACAAAGUGGGCGACUUCGGGUCGGAAUGCGUGUACUUGUUGCCCACCCUCAGUAAGCCGCAACCCGAACUGCUGACCCUCUUCACCAUGGACCCCAUGACCAUCAUGGACCUGAACAAGAUCACGGUGCAGGAACCCACCGCCAAGUUCCACACCCUGGAGCACUACGCCGCCGAGCACUUCCGUCAGCCGGCCAAGAAGGGCCCGGUCAUGGGCAUCCCGUCGCCGCUAACGACGGUGCGCAAGAAGGACAAGGAGGAACUGUGGAAGCACACACGGGAGCCGAUUAAGCUGCCGCUGCUGAAGAAGAUCCAGGUGAAGGAUGAGCUCAGUCAGGAGGCGUGUUCGGCGUUCCAGGCCAUUAUGAAGUAUAUGGGCGAUCUGCCCAGCAAGAAAUCCAGAGUUUCAAAUGAACUGACCGAUCAGAUCUUCGAGAAAGCAUUAAAGGAAGACCUCCUAAAAGACGAAAUCUACUGCCAGAUUUUAAAGCAGUUAACCGACAACCGCAGUCGUGUCGGCGAAGAACGCGGCUGGGAGUUGUUGUGGCUGGUGACCGGCUUGUUCGCACCCAGUGAGAACUUGUUAAAGGAGUGCAUGGCCAUUCUGCGGUCCCGACAGCGCCAUCAAAUCGCACUGGACUGCAUUAACCGGCUGCAGAAGACCAAGAAAGCCGGCACCCGCAAAUAUCCGCCACACCAGGUUGAGGUGGAAGCCAUCCAGCACAAGACCACACAGAUCUUCCACAAAGUCUACUUCCCCGAUGAUACGGAUGAGGCGCUCGAAGUGGACUCCAGCACGAAAGCCAAACAUUUCUGCCAUAAUAUUUCCCAUCGAUUAAAUUUACGAUCAUCCGAAGGAUUCAGUUUAUUUGUCAAGAUUGCCGAUAAGGUCAUCAGUGUGCCGGAAAGGGACUUUUUCUUCGAUUUCGUUCGGCAUUUGACGGACUGGAUCAAGAAGGCCAAGCCCAGCAGCGGCACGAUCAUCCCGCAGUUCACCUACCAGGUCUUCUUCAUGAAGAAGCUCUGGACCAACACGGUGCCAGGGCGUGACCGGCAGGCCGACCUCAUCUUCCACUACCACCAAGAACUGCCCAAAUACCUCCGCGGCUUCCACGAUGUCAAGAAGGAGGACGCGAUGAAGCUGGCCGCGUUGAUCUACCGCGCUAAAUACGGCGAGAGCAAGAAUGAACUGCAAUCCAUCCCCAACCGACUCAAAGAUUUGAUUCCGCUGGAUUUAAUCGGAGCGCAGAACUCAUCCGACUGGAAACGCUCGAUUACGGCGUCGUUUAACGGCGAUACCGGCUAUAGUGAGGAUGACGCUAAAGUGGCCUUCUUGAAAUACAUCGCCAAGUGGCCGACAUUCGGUUCGGCCUUCUUCGAAGUUCGGCAAACAACCGAUUCAAAUUAUCCGGAACGUCUGCUCUUGGCCAUCAACAAGAAUGGCGUCAAUCUGAUUGACCCGGCAUCAAAGAAAAUCCUGGAUGUUCACCCGUUCACGAGGAUUUCCAACUGGAGCAGCGGGAACACCUUCUUCCACAUGACCAUCGGCAAUUUGGUGCGCGGCACCAAACUGCUUUGCGAAACCGCAUUGGGAUACAAAAUCGAUGAUUUACUGACCAGUUAUAUCGGAUUGAUGCUGCAGCAGAUGAACAAACAGCGCGGCCAUUCCAGUCGCCUGAAAGUGGACGAGAACUAA